AUGCAUUGUAAAAUUACCAUACCACCAGAAGGCGAGAAGGAAAUAACAGAAGGAAAUUAUUAUGAAAAAUAUGCCAUGUUCAUCAUAUCGCCUGGACAUACUGGAAAAUGGAUAUUUAAGACUCUGACUGACCGGAACGCUAGUCAAGUGAUAACUAGGAAUAAUUUAACAAACAUCGUGCUUUAUAAAAACACAUCUUAUUACAAUUACCAAUGUGAAUUUAACAUCAAAGUUUCGAGUCCCAAAAUUGAUGACAAAAUGAAAUUGUACUACAUCGCCGGUGGCGGAAUCCUGGCCCUGAUAAUCAUUGUUCAAACUGGUAUCAUCUGCUACAUCCUAAAAGCGAAAAAAGUGCGAAGAAUUGAGCAAUUACUUAACCGACCACGAGGGAGUGACACAGUAAGGUAUAGCACGAUGCCAGGUAGAAAAGAUUUGCUGAUGAACGGACAAGAUGAAGGUAGCAUCUACGAGACUCUGGACGCUUUGCAACAAGCUGAAGAGGCACCUCCUCCUCCACCAAUAGAAACGUUGCCACAAAAAACAUCGAAGCGACGCCCUCCCAUUCCACUGCCGACUGAAAAAGCAGAUAUUAAAAAACCAGACCAAAACUCUACUCUGAAAACGACGAAAGGAAAAGAAGAUGUAAAGCCAGAACUCUUCCCUCCGAAGCCUUCUCUAUCAGAAAAUGAGAAUACAGAAAAGAAGAGAAUAUCACGCAAAUUGAAACUGCCAUCUUUUCGAAAAGCAUCUACCGCGGACACAGCUACAUCUGAUAAAAGUGUGAAAACACUACGUAAACUAUCGAGUGUUCCUCAAGACGAUUUAUCGAAAAAACUGAAUGAUGAACUAAAGAAACGACAAACAGGAAAUAUGACUCCACUUAAACCAGUGUCACCGACGAUACCAGAACCAGUUUUCGAAGCAAACCCGAAGGAUAUUCCUACGGUUCAGAGCUUAAAAACGCAGAUUUUGAGGAAAGCCUCUACAACUAUCGAGACGCCAACUAAACCUUACCCAACAUUGCCGCGGCCCGUUCCACCAAAAAAGCCCUUUGUAUUCGAAUAUCCAACAUCUCAAACAAUAACCAACAGUUUACCCAAGAAGCCUUUGCAAAAUCUACGUCCUGCGCCAACUCAGCCUACUUUCCAGCCUCAAACGAACCCAAUACAGGCUCAAUCGCAACCUUUUAAUUCCCAAUUGCACCCAAUACCAACCCAGUUGUCCCCUAUGCAAAAAAAAUUACCAACAGAGCCCCAAUUGCACCCAACAAAGCCCACAUUGCACCCUGUACAACCCCAAUUGCCCCCAGUACAGACCCAGUCGCACCCAAUACAACCCCAGUGGCACCCAAUGCCCGUUAAUCCCAGCACACAAUGGAUUAAUAAGGAAGGAGCCUCGACGCCUGUCUCUGAGUUGCCAGAUUAUUAUUAUACAGAGGAGCCGGAAUACGCGACUUAUGAUGAUAACGAAGAGUGGACUUAUGAAGCGUUGGAACCUGUUUCCAAGUAUAACUACAAUGUAUACGAUUAAACGAUUUUUUGAUUAACUAUAAUUAAGUUUAACACCAAAAAAAAGACAAUGUAUUUUGAUCUGUUUUACAGAGGACUUACUUUUACAUUUUACACGCAAAUUCGCCCGCAUGAAUUUAGCGCCAUCUACGAAAAGCGACGAAAUUAGCAACACCUAUAAGAGUACAGGUUUUUCACCAAUUCCACGGGAAUUAGUUUUUACCGGGAUGAAAGUUAUAUGUCCUUCUCCAGACUCUUAAUAAUUAUAUAUAAUCGUGAUAUUUCAAGAACAUUAAUCAGUAGGUUACCCGUGAAGAGGUAACAAACAAACAAACUCACUUUCGCAUUCAUAAUAUUACUUGGGAUUAUAACUGGAUGUUAAAUGUUUCUUAGUAAAGUCAUGUGACAGUAUAGAAUAGAAUAGAUUUAUGUUCAAAAUUUUCAUCAACAUAACUUAAGUCUAAUUAUAUCUACUGCCGCUUUUAAAUCGCGUGUGUAGAGAAAUCGGCGGAGCAAACUACACUGCGGCAUUUUCACCGGACGUGAAAUUAAGGUACAAAAGUUCAUACUGAAAACCAGCGUCAUGACAUGACUAUGUCUUGUCAUAAAACUGAGCGGAGUCUUUUGGUAGAAUUUAAGUUAGAAUAAGAUUUUUUAA